AUGAGUGGAUUACCUUUUACGACAGAAGAUCUGCUUGCUCCCUAUCAAAUAAUUGACGCUUUCACGGUUUGUUUCAAGAACAUUUUGAAUUCGCCAAAUCUACUGGCCCAUAUUCAAAAAGUGAAAGGAGAUCUAUAUAAUAGAGACUAUUUAGCUGCAUUUGAUGAUGAUGAUAAACGGUUUGCAUACGCUUCAAGAUGGACACCUGCUAGAGCUUUAGCCUACGCCUCGUUGUUUUCCAGCUUGACGGAAAUUACUACUUUGCUUAAAGAGCCUACAUUUGCCAAGAAUGUCCUUUGCAUUGGAGCUGGUGCAGGAGGUGAAUUAUGUGCUUUAGGAGCAGUUUUUGCAAGAUUAAAAGAAUAUAAUCCAACUUCGAGUUCACAACUCAAUAUUGAUAUAAUUGAUAUUGCAGAUUGGAGUACUGUUUUGAAUCAAUUAACAUCUUAUAUGAAAAAUACUUGGGUCUACAAUCAUCAAAGUUUGAACAUGUCAUUUGUACAAAAUGAUAUAUUAACAUGCAACAUUGGAAUGUCAAAGUAUGAAUUAAUUACUUUAUUAUUCACCACAAAUGAAUUGUUUGCAGAGAAAAGAAAGGAAACUGUUAAAUUUUUACAUACCUUGUGUCAAAAUUGUAAAAAGGAUUCAUUAUUAUUAAUUGCUGAAAGUGCUGGUUCAUUUUCACAUAUUACAGUUGGAGAUAAAAAAUUUCCAGUUCAAUUUUUAAUAGAUAUGAUACUCGUGGGAAAACCCGAUGAGAAUGAUGGAGCUUGGGAAGUAAUAUCGCAACAAGAAAGCUUAUGGUAUAGAGUGAAUGAAAAAGAGGUGACAUAUCCUCUAAAACUUGAAAACAUGAGAUUUUUUUAUAGGCUUUAUAGGAAAAAAUAA